AACCGAAGCCGCCAAGAGACCCAAGGACGGCAGUGACCCAAGCGGCCGAAACGCGAAACGAACCAGUAACCCAAAAACCUCACAGAAAAAAAAACAAUAAUACAUCAUGGGCGGUCAGUCCUUCGGGUGGGGGAUCCUGUGCCUGGCCUGCCUCCUGCUGGCCGCCCACGCGCAGGGGCAGCCGCGGGAGAGGACCGAGGGCGCCAACGUCCUGAUCCUGCACCCCAUCUACGCCGGGAGCCACGAACUCACCCUCAGGAAGUUUGGGGAGAAGCUGGUGGAGCGCGGGCACCGAGUGACGCAGCUGCGGUGGCGCUCCACCAAGACGCGCGCCGUCAACUCCUCCGUCCAGGUCAUCACGCUCAACCCGGAUAACCACGAUCUGCGGCAGCGUGGCGAGCAGAUGGCUGGGAUCAUCCUACUCUCGCUGUCUCCCAACAACACCACAAGCAGCAUGUGUGCCGGUAACGGGUUGCGUUGCACCAAUUCAGGCCCUAAAUGA